AGCCGUCAGUGUGCGGAGGAGUGACCCGGGGAUUUCAUGAUUACCGCAUGACGGAGAAGAGCCGGGGACUGCACGGGUCGGAGGGUUGUCCUUGAAGCAGAUACCGGGUGGAUUGUGAGACAGUGUUUUUUUUUUUUUUUUUUUUUGCCAGUUAGAGUGGAGAGAAUCUUUGCGAUUCCAACAUGCCGGUGUUUCACACGAAAACCAUAGAGAGUAUCCUGGAGCCGGUGGCUCAGCAGAUCUCUCACCUGGUCAUCAUGCAUGAGGAGGGAGAAGUUGAUGGCAAAGCGAUCCCCGAUCUGAGUGUGCCCGUGGCCGCUGUGCAGGCAGCCGUCAGCAACCUCGUGCGGGUGGGGAAGGAAACGGUUCAGACCACAGAAGACCAGAUAAUGAAGAGAGACAUGCCUCCAGCCUUUAUCAAGGUGGAGAAUGCUUGCGCCAAACUGGUAGAAGCAGCUCGGAUGCUGAAGACAGACCCGUAUUCUGUUCCGGCUCGGGAUUACCUUAUCGAUGGCUCCCGUGGCAUCCUGUCGGGCACCUCAGACCUGCUACUUACCUUUGAUGAGGCAGAGGUGCGUAAGAUCAUCCGUGUCUGUAAAGGCAUCUUGGAGUACUUGACAGUAGCCGAAGUGGUAGAGAGCAUGGAGGACUUGGUCACGUAUACUAAAAAUCUUGGGCCAGGUAUGACGAAGAUGGCAAAGAUGAUCGAUGAGCGGCAACAGGAGCUGACACAUCAGGAGCACCGUAUGAUGUUGGUCAACUCUAUGAACACGGUGAAGGAGCUUCUGCCUGUGCUCAUAUCAGCUGUAAAAAUUUUUGUGACCACCAAGUGUGCCAAGAGCCAUGGCGUUGAGGAAGCCAUGAAGAACAGGAACUACACCUUUGAGAAGAUGAGUGCCGAGAUUAACGAGAUCAUCCGAGUCCUGCAGCUCACAUCCUGGGAUGAAGAUGCCUGGGCCAACAAAGACACAGAAGCAAUGAAGAGAUCGCUGGCAUUGAUUGAGGCGAAGAUGAAUCAGGCUAAAGCCUGGCUCAAAGAUCCUAAUGGCCUACCAGGGGCAGCAGGUGAGCAUGCUCUGCGCCAGAUUUUGGACGAGGCCGGAAAAGUGGGAGAGCUUUGUGCUGGGAAGGAGAGGAGAGAUAUCCUGGGAACGACGAAGACUUUGGGACAGAUGACUGAUCAGGUGUCGGACAUGAGAGCCAGAGGUCAGGGGCCUACGCCCAUGGGCAUGCAAAAGGCUCAGCAGGUGGUGCAGGGUUUGGACAUCCUAGUGGGGAAAGUGGAGAAUGCUGCUCGCAAACUGGAGGCUCUGAGCAACGCUAAGCUGGCUAUUGCUAAGCGGAUCGAUGCUGCUCAGAGCUGGCUGGCUGAUCCUCACGGCGGUCCUGAAGGAGAGGAAAAUAUCCGAGCUCUGUUAGCCGAAGCCAAGCGCAUUGCUGAUCUGUGUGAGGACCCCAAGGAGAGAGAUGACAUUUUGCGCUCUGUUAGUGAGAUCGCUGGUCUCACUGCCAAACUCUCUGAACUUCGGAGACAAGGUAAAGGCGACACUCCCGAGGCCAGACUGCUGGCCAAACAGAUCGGCACUGCUCUGCAGAACCUGCAGGCCAAGACUAACCGUGCCGUAGCCAACAUGCGGCCAGCCAAAGCUGCUGUGACUCUGGAGGGUAAAAUGGAGCAGGCUCAGCGCUGGAUCAACAACCCCAGUGUGGAUGACCGUGGAGUGGGUCAGGCUGCUCUCCGUGGGCUGAUAGCAGAAGGGCGCAGGCUGGCCAACUCUCUGCCAGGGCCGUACAGGCAGGAGCUGCUGGCGAAGUGUGACCGUGCGGAGCAGCUGAUGCUGCAGCUCAGUGACCUGGCUGCUCGGGGAGAGGGAGAAAGUCCUCAGGGUCGCUUCGUAGCUGCACAGCUCCUUGAAGCUCUUAAAGAUUUAAAAACAAGGAUGCAGGAGGCAAUGACUCAGGAGGUUUCAGAUGUGUUUAGUGAUACUACAACUCCCAUCAAGCUUCUGGCUGUGGCAGCUACAGCUCCGCUUGAGGCCCCUAACCGGGACGAGGUCUUCGACGAAAGAGCGUCCAACUUUGAGAACCAUGCUAACAGGCUGGGGGCCACGGCAGAGAAAGCUGCUGCUGUAGGGACAGCCAAUAAGAGCACUGUGGAAGGGAUCCAGGCAACAGUAAAGUCAGCCAGGGAGCUAACACCUCAGGUUACUUCUGCUGCACGGAUUUUGCUCAAGAACCCUGGCAACCAAGCAGCAUACGAACAUUUUGAGACCAUGAAAAACCAAUGGAUUGACAAUAUUGAAAAAAUGACUGGUUUGGUAGAUGAGGCUAUUGACACUAAAUCCCUCCUGGACGCCUCAGAAGAAGCCAUCAAAAAAGACAUUGAUAAGUGCCGUGUGGCUAUGGCGAAUGUUCAGCCCCAGAUGCUGGUAGCUGGAGCCACUAGCAUUGCUAGGCGGGCUAACCGGAUACUCUUGGUGGCUAAGAGAGAAGUGGAGAACUCUGAAGACCCUAAAUUCAGAGAGGUGGUGAAAGCAGCGUCUGACGAACUAAGCAAAACGAUCUCGCCUAUGGUUAUAAAUGCCAAAGCUGUAGCAGGAAACAUCCAGAAUCCAGGUCUUCAAAAAAGCUUUCUGGACUCAGCAUACAGGAUUCUGUCUGCUGUUGGGAAAGUUCGAGAAGCCUUCCAGCCUCAGGAACCUGACUUCCCUCCUCCUCCUCCAGACCUGGAUCAGCUGCAUGUAAAUGAUGAACAGGCUCCCCCUAAACCCCCACUUCCAGAGGGAGAAGUUCCUCCCCCCAGACCUCCUCCUCCAGAGGAGAAGGACGAGGAGUUCCCUGAACAGAAGGCCGGGGAGAUGGUGAGCGAGCCGAUGAUGGUGGCCGCCAGGCAACUUCACGACGAGGCCCGCAAGUGGUCUAGUAAGCCCGAAGUGACAGACGAGCGUUUUGUGACCGCUGCGGCGGACGUAGAUAUAGACGAUGAGGACGAGUUCACAGACAACGAGGACGAUUACGAGCCUGAACUGCUCUUAAUGCCUUCCAAUCAGCCUGUUAACCAGCCCAUUCUGGCUGCUGCCCAGUCCUUGCACCAGGAAGCUCGCAAGUGGUCCAGUAAGGGUAAUGAUAUUAUUGCAGCAGCUAAACGCAUGGCCUUGCUGAUGGCUGAGAUGUCGCGCCUGGUGCGUGGAGGCAGUGGCAACAAGCGCGCAUUGAUCCAGUGUGCUAAAGACAUCGCCAAGGCCUCCGAUGAGGUCACACGGCUGGCUAAAGAGGUGGCUAAGCAGUGUACUGACAAACGCAUUCGCACCAACCUACUUCAGGUGUGUGAGCGGAUCCCUACCAUCAGUACUCAGCUGAAGAUUCUGUCCACGGUGAAGGCCACCAUGUUGGGACGCACUAACAUCAGCGAGGAGGAAUCAGAACAGGCUACCGAGAUGCUGGUCCACAACGCACAGAACCUGAUGCAGUCAGUGAAGGAGACAGUGAGAGAGGCCGAGGCAGCCUCCAUCAAAAUCCGUACAGACGCAGGCUGCACUCUCCGCUGGGUCAGAAAGACCCCUUGGUACCAGUAAAGCACCAGCUCCUUCCUUCAUGUUCUUAGUCUUGCCUUUAUGAACACUAAGAUCGAUGGGGUUGUGAAAUAGAAAGGACACGUUACGCUGAUGGACACUGAUCAUAAAUGUUAUGAGUUCAUGCCUCACUCUUUUGCUUUGUGAAGAAAUUAUUAUUAAUUUUUUUUUUUGUGGUUAUGGUUCUUAAGGUUUGCGCUUGUCCCUUUAUCUCUUACUAUGUUUAAAAAAUAGAACUAUAUAGGAUGAAGAUUUUUUUAAACCUAUAUUUUUAGUAUGUUGGGUUUCCAGAAUUGAUUGAAAUUUCAGGUAUAUAUAUAUAUAAAUAUAUUUUUUUGCAUGAAGAGUUUUUUUUUUCUUUCUAUUUUGUAUUGAACUAUGGACUAUGGGUCAAUCUGGUGAACACCUCUGUCAUGAGGUCAUAAGGUUUUCAUAUGGAGAGUGUAUAUAUUUAUAUUUCUUAACGCUGUCUUCACCUGAUUAUUAAUUCUACAUUUCAGUCACUAAAAGCAUAACGAGAGAGAAUGUUUAUAGCUUUACUCACUUAUGCUGAUUGUAUAAGGUAUUAAUUCACCUUUUCUUAAUGAACCUUUGUUAUUUAGAUUUACUGAAAGAAGGAUAUGAUUGACGUUGCAAUGAAUGAUUGCUGGUUGCCUCACAUAUCGACACCAAAGAUUCUGUUCUAGGUCUAUAAUCUUAGCACUGUCUGAUGAAAUAAAUAUAACUCUAAUGUAUUUCAGCUUUACUGAACUUGAACUCUGACUUGGAUUACCACUCAGUGGUCACCACUUAAAAUAGCUUGUGUGUGUGUGUGUGUGUGUGUGUGUGUUAGCUGGCCACUGUAGAAAAAGUUUAAACGUGAAAUGACCUAAUUAUGGUUGGAAUGUUUAGCUGAAUGUCUGAAGCACAAUUCACGCAACAGUUGAACUGUCAUGUCCAGUUAACAGAUACACAUCGUAGCCAGCUUAUUUUGCAGAGGAAUUGAAAUAAUCAGUACACUAGACUUGGCUCUGUGUAAGGUUUGUGCAAAUCUUUUAGACCUGACAUGACCAAGUACAAAUUUCUAUUAAAAUGCUACAUAUAUACAUAACUACCUCUACACUUACAUUUUGAGAAGUAUAAAUGUAGAGCUAGAAAAGAAACUGCAGCAUAUUACAUUGUUUAUCUGCCCUUUAGUUGUUAACUAAAUUCCUCUAUUUAAAAAUGUUAAAGCCAGACGUGUUAAGGAGUAAAAUAAAUAAAUAAAUAAAACCUUUUACAAGCACGUGUUUAAGAUGCAUGUACAGUAAAUGUAUUAACAUAGGCCAUAAAAUUAGGGUGCAUGUUUUUUGUUUCACUCAGGGAGUUCUUUAUCAUCACCUGAAAGAGAUGUAAUCGAAUCUAUAUUGUGGAAAUGAGAACAUUUGCCACUUUUAUUUGUAAGGAUUAAAAGAUUUAGUCUCAGUAGCGAGACAUUUCAAUAAUGAUUAUUAAAAGCCGACACCUCUUACAAGAAAUAAAACACUUCCGCAAAUGAUGUAUGUUAUAGAAAAGAAAUCAACAAUGGGUGAUGCAGUGCACUCCCCAACACUGCGUCUUGCCCCUGGUUGAUGAUUUUUCUAUAACAGCACGGCCGGAUGUGUUUUGUUUCUCUUAUACCACAGCAAUUUGCGGACAACUCCGAUAAAUAAACUACACUUUUUAUACGGUUAUAGCUAUACACCAAUCAGCCAUAACGUUAGCACCACCACUAGGUGAACUGAUUAACAUUGACAAACUAUACGCCAGUAAAACGACCAAGAUUCACUCUUGCCAUGCUGCUCCGAUCCCACAGAAGAGCCAAUGUAGCUCAAAUUGCUGGAAAAAGUCAAUGCUGGCCACGAUUGAAAGGCACCAGAACAGCCAGUGCAUCACAGCCUGCCAUACAUGGGGCCCAGCAGGCAAAGAGCCCAAGGUCGCCAACUUGGCUUACAAAUUCCCCAAUCCAAUCAAGUGCACAAUGGGAUGUCACAGACAAACAAGUAGGGAAUGCUAUGGAGUAGCUCAGUGGUUGAGGUGUUGGACUACUGAUCAGAAGGUCCCAGGUUCAAACCCCAGCACCACCACUGCUGGGCCAUUAAGGCCCUUAACCCUUACUCAGAAACAGAAAGGCAUAAUGUCCUCUCUGCUGAUGAUGCUUUAAUUGUGGAGAACUUAUUGAAUUCUACAAAGCACCAGAGACUCCUUUCAUAGGUAUAAAAAAAAAUCUUCAAAAUGCCCAAAAAUUUCUGUUUUUAUUAAUCGGCUCAACAUUCAGCUUAAAGUAUGCUUGAUGAUAAUUAUCUAGCAUACAAGUUCCUUCUAAAUGAGCUGUUGCUAUAUAAACAAUUAAUUAUUUUUAAAAAAAGCAUUAAUAAACUGUAGCAGCACUACUGUUUUAUAGAAAAAGAUUAACCGGUGUUGUGCAUAAUUCUUGUUACGGCUGUAAUCAUGUGAAAUUAAAGUUAUCAGCGUUUAUAUUGGCACAAUAUCUUUGCUGAUGAUCUUUGGUCUGAAAUGUCCUGCUUCCUUGAAACUUUUGUGUAUGCUGCAUUUUUUUCACUACCUUUACAUUAAAUAUACUGAUUAACAAAAAAUUAAAACGUUUAUUUGAAGCUGGGGAAGAAAAAGCCUUUUUUAUGGUUGCCAAGGUGACAGUGGACUUUUUGUUCCCAGGCAACCUGGUGUCUCUAUAAUCCCAAAACGUUACUUGGCGACCCUUUAAGAAAUAUUUUUUCAUUUAUUAUAAUGCGUGUUUGGAAACUAUGGGUAAUGAUUAUACAAGACCCAGGUGGCUUGUUCACACAUAGUUAAACAUGAAGCGGACGAUGCACUGCCUAGAUAAUACACGUAUUUCUAGAAGAUAUGAAUAUGUUUAGAGAAAUGAUUUGGUGCCUCAUUGUGAGUGUUUACAAGGCUGACUUUUGUAUGUUUGUAAUAGCAUUUUUCAGGUCAAGAUGUCUAUGAUGUAUGAAUGUAUAGAUGACACUACUGUUGAUUUGGUUUUAGUGUCCCUUAAACAUCUGCUGUGCCUCGGAUUAAUAAAAUUAUUCUUGACUUGAAUUUGUAA